AUGCCAGGCUUCGAAGCAGGCCCUAAGGAAGGCCCCGAACCAGGAUCGCGAUGGACGCUCGUGUUUGACAGUGCUUCCAAUGCUCGAGGCCAUGGAAUAGGUGUAGUUAUCACUUCCCCAACUGGUUUCGAACUCCCAUUUACCGCUAGAUUGUGUUUUGACUGCACCAACAACAUGGCUGAAUAUGAAUCAUGUAUCUACAGUUUAGAGGCGGCAAUCGACUUAAGGAUCAAGAUUCUUGAGGUAUAUGGUGAUUCAGCUCCGGUAAUCAGUCAGGUGAAAGGUGAUUGGGAGACUCAGGAUAGCAAGUUGGUACCUUAUAAAGAGCAUAUAAGGAAACUGAUACCCUACUUUGAUGAAAUCUCUUUUCACCAUAUUUCUAGGGAAGAAAAUCAGUUAGCAAAUGCUCUAGCCACGUUGGCGUCUAUGUUCAAAGUCAAAUGGAAGAAUGAAGCACCAUCCAUCCAUAUUGACCACUUAGAUGAACCAACACACUAUAUAGCAAUUGAGGUCGAUCCUGAUGAUAAGCCUUGGUUCUACGACAUAAAGAAAUUUCUGGAGAAACGGCAAUAUCCCGAGGGUAUAUCAUUACCGAUAAGAAGGCUCUGA